AUGCGAGCUCUCUUUGCACUUUGCUCCAAGAGAGACUCUUCUCUUCCUUGUUUUCUAUCCAAGAAAAGUGAAAAGAAGGCACGACGCCAUACCACCACCACCACCACCCUCAGUUCUUCUUCUUAUUCUACUUCGUCCGUCCGUGUCUUCUUCUUCUUCAUUCGUCGAGGCACAUCAAUGUGGGCACCACCAGGGGUCCCGAUGAGCACACCGGGCUCCUCGACCGGUCACAUGCAACCGGGAGCUGGCGCCGCGGCUCCCUAUCCUGGUCCAAUGAAUCCAUCACAACAACAACAUCCAGGAAUGGUGGCGUCGUAUGCUGCUGGACAGAUGCAAUUGCCUUAUGGACAGAUGGAAGGAAACCAUGCUAUGUAUGAUCAUCGAAUGAUGGCGGCGAAUCGAGCUGCUGCUGCCGCUGGACGGCCUCCAGGAAUGAUGCCUGAUUAUCCACAAAUGCCAAUGGGACAAAAUCCUGGUAUGAUGAGAAUGCCAGUUCAAUAUCCACCUGGCCACCCCCAAAUGCCCGGACACCCACAAAUGCAAUUCGGACAAAUGAUGAGAGCACCGCCCGUAUCAGUGUACGGACAAAUGAAUCAUGCUCAACAGUACCCGGUGACGGCUCACCCGAAUCCAGUUCCGCCAUAUGUGAAUCCGGACAUUCGACUGUUAUACGAGACAGGAUCCGGUUAUCAUAUUGAAAGAGAACUACUUUCCGAAGGUCAGAUCCAAUUUGGAACGUAUGGAGUGGAAGCGAUUGUUAACCAAGAUGCAUUUUCAUACUUAGAUCGUACACCCGCUGCUGAUGUGAUACUAUCCGUUUGGCCAUCGGUGAAACAAGCGAACGAAAAUGAGGCUCGACUUGAAGUAUAUGUGAAUGGAACAUGUGUACUUCAUAAUCAAUCAGCAGCCACGGGAGUUCCAAUCAAGCAAUUUUUAAGGGGUGGAAGCAAUAUGAUCCAGUUCGGAUAUGUUGGAAAUCAACAGAUUCAUAGUUACGCAUGUGAAUUCGUUAUGAGAAGGCCGAUGGCUGACAUGAGAAGACUAGCGAUUGGUAAACGAGUUGCUGAAGGAAGUAUGAUUGCUCAACAACAGAAGCAAAUGUAUGCUCAAAUGGCUGGAAAACGACAAGCUGGAACAAUUUCUGUCAGUUUGAAUUGUGCUAUUUCGAAGAAGAGAAUGAUCACUCCUGCGAGACAUCACGACUGCAAAAAAGUGGUAUUCGAUUUGGCUCAAAUGAUGCAUAACAAUAAGGACAAGACGAGAUAUCACUGUGGGCCAUGCAAUACUUACUUCAAAUUCGAUGAUAUCAAUGUGGAUUAUUUCUUGAUGAGUGUUGUAACAAAUGUUCCCGCUGGAGUCAAUGAUUUAAUUGUGGAAAAGAAUGGAGCUUGUCGACCGGGAGAACUGGAAGAGAAUAAACCAAAGCGAGGGAAAAAGAAGAAUGAUGCAAAUGCGAAUGAGAAUGGAGCACACACAAUAAAACGGAUAAAGUCUGAAAUAAUUGUGAAACAAGAGCCAGGAAUGUUCCCUGACAUGCACGGAAGGAACAUCCCAUUCAGUCCAAUGCCAAUGCCCGGAAGUGUUCCUCCAGACUGGACACGGUUACAAAGUCCAUCGUUCUCAAUGCAAAGUCCCAACAAGAUUCAGCUGGGACCGGCGACUCCAGCCACUCCAGGAAUGGUAUUCCAGAAUCCUGCCUCCGCGGGAUCAAUGCUGAAUAUGUCGUCUCCACGACAAACAAUGAUGCCAGGUGGAAUGAUGGCACCGGGAGCAGGUCACCCGAUGAUGCCACCACAUGAUCCUUCAAUUCGAUCUGGAUCCGCACCUUAUACUCCGGAGUCGGUGAAAAAUGAUAAGAAUGAUGAGUUAUUAAUGAAUAUCGAGGGGUUGUACAUCACGAAUUCACUGAAUAUUUGUGAUUCUGAGCGGUUAAUUGGACAGUAUAUUGAGGGAACGAAGGAUCUCAAUUUCGAGGAUUCGCUCGUUUUUGAAUUUGCUGGCUCUCCAAAACAACAGCAACAAUUGGACGGAGCACAAACCUUAUUAGCUCCUGGAAGCACAUCGUCCUCGAACGCAUCCACAUUUACACCCCCAUUUGAUGAUAUUCAUCUCGGAAAUCGACCGUCUCAUUAG